GCAAAUGAUAGCAGUUUGGAAGGACGUAUAUAUACGCCUGUGGCAGUUAACGCAUCGGCUGAGCAAGGCGUAUAUAUACGCCCGCAGCAGUUAAGGGGUUAAUAAAACAUUUUCAUUAAUUUGUGCUAUUUCAUCAGAACUCGUAUCUGAAAUAGUCAUUCAGCUACAGUGUAAUUUUUAUGUCCCAGCAUGAAAACUGUAUUUGCUGCUUAUGCUCAAUUAUGCAUUAAUCUUUCUUUUGGUUAUAUGCUUCCAAACCAAGAAAUUAAAAUAAUGGUAACAAAUCAGUAUCUUUAAACUGUUGAUAUUCAAGUCAGACAAAAUUUUAUAUGUUCAGAUUGCUUAGAAAUGUAAUGUAAUUGCUCAAUUACAAUUUUUAUAACAACACAUUAUAUUAAAACCAAAAAUUGAAUUUUUCUUCUAAUUGGAAUACUUGGAGCACAUGAUUCAAAAUAUUAGAAUAUUUCAAAAUUUUCCUGUUGGUUUAGUGAAGAUCAUAAAGUUGGUAUAUAUAUAUUAGUAGCUGUUUCAAUAGAUAAUAAAUGUGUGAAUAAUAAUUUUUUAAAACAUACGCUGAAUGUUUUUGUCAAGAAAACCAAAAUAAUCUCAAGCAAGAGUAAGUGAAAUUAAUGAGACGUAUCAUAAUUAUAGUAGGUUUCAAAAUCGUGUUCAAAUAUAGAUUCUUUUUAAAAACGUUAAAAUAAAUAUUUUGUUUUGGAAACAGAAAAAAUGGAUAAAAAUUAAUUCUUUUCAUGGUGAACGUAUAAUUUUACUUUGAAGUUAUUGAAUAUUUGAAUAUUUUUAAUGCCAAAAUUAUGAUUUUCUGUGAGAUUGUUUCAUGUGGAGUGUUGUGUUUUAGAAUAUGUGAAAAGCAUAUAGUAUAUAGCUUUCCCUGUCCCCCCUCGUAAAUGGUAUAGUUGUUGUAUUUUAUCGGUGUAUGUAGGUAUUGACAAAUAGAAAUACAAUAAAAUGUGAUUUCUAAGACAGUCAUUCAUUGAUCAAAUGAUUUUAUUAUUGGUGGUGAUCACCUUACAAGCUAUGGCUGAUAGUGAUAUUGAGUGUCAUUAUUUUUUAUUAUAUUCUCAGAUAUAUAUCAGUUAUUUUUAGAGAUGGUCUUGAAGAUUGCUGUAAGGAGUUUCCCUGUAAUUUAAAGAAACUUGAGAAAGAUAUUUAUGCAUAAAUAGUAGAUUAACUUUUAUUUUUUAAUUUCUGGUUGCAUAUAUGUAAUUUAUAAAUAUAAAGAAUUUUAUACAGUGUGUUUUAAAAUUUUUAUGAGGGAAAGGAGUAUUUAUUUUAAAAAAAUAACUCUGAAUAUCUAAUUGCUCUAAAUUUAUAACUUGAAGAAUCUGUGAUAUUGUGUCUUCCAACAUAUAUAAAAUUUAUGUAAAUAUAAUUUUGUUUAAAAUUUUAUAUUUACAAUGUAAAAUAAAGUCGUCUUACUUCACAUUAAGCAUUUCAAAUGUUUGUACUUAGAGUGAGAAAAUCUCUGUACUAUGUACUCUUUAUACUGUGUACUCUCUGUACUAUGUACUUUCUGUAACAAAGAACCAUUACAUUAUGACUACCCCUAACGUGGUGUAAUGAAUGUGCCUAUAGAAAAAAAAAAAAAAAAACUAUCACAUGUUAUGAAAUCGCAAAACAAUACAUGUGAAAUAAGAGAACUGUAUCAGUAGGAUAGUACAGCUUGUCAGAAUUUGAUAAAAGAUAAAUUUUGACUGCAAUGUGAUGCUUCACAUCUAAUAACAAAAGAGAUGGGAGAUGCUUAGAUACUGUGAAUGUGUAUGUCAAGUGGUGUAAUGAUGGGCAUGCAAUUAACUUUUGUUUAAUUGCAUGCUGACCACAGUUCUUUGAUGCUAGAGAUAUCUCAGAUUGUUGUGCAUUUUUCAUAGCAGUUGCAGGGCCUCUGAUUUGACAGAGUAACAUUAAUUACAACGGUGGUGAAUGAAGCAAUGUACAGUAAAAAAUUGAUUGAACUCUUCUAUGUAUGAGGCUUUAUAGCAGUAUACCUAGUAAAAACUUGAGUAUCUAUCUAUCUCUUCAAGUAUUGGCAUGAUUAUCACACAUGUUGUAGCGCGAUAUGUCCGGCUCAGUAAUAUAAUGCUGCUGAAGUACGUAAGUAAUUCUGCAAAUAAGUUCUCAAAGGUAAAUAAGAAAUUGCCGUAAAUCCGCAAACCUUGACUACAGUAAAGCAAGUCGAAACAGGAAAAUAACAGAAAAUGAGCUGGAAUAUGUGUGUAAGAGCUAAAAUGUUGAGAAGAAAUACAAAACCAUCGCCAGAUGAACUUAUGCAAAACACUGUCAAUGAUGAUACAUAAAUGCUAGGAAGUACAAUAAUACAAGAGGGAAAAUGUAUGCACACAGAAAUUUCAGGCAUAAAUACAAGGAAAACAUUGAAAUAUACACAAUAUGUACAAUAAGGUUAUGUCGAAAAUUGCUGUUUAAAAGAUGGCACACUAAAAGGACAAAAAUAAAAAAGGACAAAAAUAUUUAUUUUUGUCAAGUAUCAUAUUGUUAAAAAGAUAAAAGGCAUUUAAAUGUCCAUAUUUUAAUGCUUUUUUUGUAGAAGUUUAUAUUAAUUUUAAUCAAGGAAUCUUCCAGUGUCAGUCUGCAAGUCUUUGUACAUUAGAUGACUUUACACAAGAUAGUGUGAUUUGUAAUUAUAUUUAAGUAUCUGUUUUGAAUUUUUCAAGUGUCUUUAUGUCACUUUUUGUCUUAAUACACCAAGUAGGUGAUGCCCAAGUUAGAACUGGAUGAAUUAUGGCAGUGUAGAUUAAACAUUUCUUUUGGAGAUCAAACUGUGAGUAUUUUCCAAUAGUCUGAAAAGGUUGUUAAUUACUUUUCUUGCUUUAUUUUUUGUGGUAUUUAUAUAGUCCUUCCAUUUCAAGGUAUUGUUGAUUGUUAUUCCUAAAUAUUUUGUUGUCUGUACUUGUGGCAUAUGUUCAUUAAAUAAUUUUAAGCACACACUAAGUCAAGUGUUAAUACAUUCCCUUCCAAUGACAAGAAAAUGAUACAUUAGUACAUUUAUUAAUAUGCUCCAUUUUUUGCACAAAGAUUCACUUUAAAAUUUGAUCUUGAAACUUUUUAAUAAUAUUUGUAGCAUUUGUUGACUUGACGACUAAAGCUGUGUUGUCAGCAUAACAUCUUAAGUAAUAAUAAUGACUCCUGCCAGUUUGUGGAAAGUCCACCAUACAGAAUAAAUAUAUUAUAGGUCCAGGAAUCGAACCUUUUCUCACACCUGCCCUAAUUUGUCAUAUAUCCAAUUGAAUGCUAAUUCAGAAGUCAAACAACAAAAAUCAGCGUUAUAUUUACAAAAUUUUCACAGGACUAGUUUCGAUGGUUUUAUCGAACCACCAUCUUCAGCUGCAAAACCGCAAAUGAACAAGAUAGAAAACAAUGAUUAGAUAAGAUAAGAAAGCCUGGACAAGAAUAAGCAGGCAACUUGCUUAUUCUUGUCCAGGCCAGUUCCAUUGUUUAAGCAGUUUUUUGGUAGAUUGUAUAAUUCCUUUAACUAUACAUUUUCAUAGAAGGAUAGAAUAAGUGAAACUGUGACUAAUUUAUAGCCAUUGUUCCUGUCUUCUCCGAUUAGACAAGAUUAUAAGGAGUUUCUUACAUAGAAGCCAACACAAUUCCUUUGUACAGUUAGACAAUCACAUCUGUGGCAUCUAUUUGAUUGUUUGGUCGUUUUAAGUCUUUUGGUUUGGUUUCCUCGGUAUUUACACUCGAAGCUUGUGCAAGUGGAGUUUCCUUCAUUCCAUUGAAUGAAAUUUUUAUUGGAACAUUAAACAGUUCAACAGGGCCUCUAGAUCUAAAUUUUGUAGUAAAUGUUGCAGGAACUGAGUUACAUUCAUCUUGAUCAGCAUUUAUUGGAUUGCAGGCAGUCGAGUCAUUUUUUAAGAUGGCUUUAUUCCGUGUGAGCAAUUUUUAAUAACGGCAUAUAAGGAACUGUGACAGAUUCUCUUUUGAUUCUUCAGUUUGAUGAGUUCAGAUUCACAAAAUUUAAAAAAACCUAUCCAUAAUCAAGAAUCAAAAUGUAAUCAUAUCCAGCCAAAAUAAUAAGAGAAAAUAAUCUGCACCCCAUUUACCAUACACAAAGAUAUUCCCUCUGUGAAUAUACAGAUAUGAAACCACAAGGGGCCUUGAGUAGCAUCUGAGGUGCGAGAUUAAGGAUAACUUUGUGGAUUAACAAUCCAAUAAAAUCUAGAGAAUAAGAGGUAUCACCAGCAGCAGUGAUAAUAGCAGUGUGACACCAAUAUUGUCAUUCAGUCACAGUUAGUGGCACUGGGACAGUCAUUCAAGAGAUUCAGGAUGCUAGCAGCAGUGGCGGUGCAGGCAACCAAUCAGAAGACAGCAGUGAGCAUCCAGAUGCGUAGUUCAUCCUUUGGUGUAAUCAUGGAGGGAGCAGCAGCUGAUACAACCUUAUCGCUCAAUCCCCCCCCUCCUUUCUCUCAAUCGCUUUUUUGUCUGAGAUUUGAGUGCUGACUUUAAUCUCUCAAAAUACCUGAAAGAGGCACAAGGUCAUCGAUGUUGGAUUGUGACUGGUGUGACAAAAAGCCAUUUGGUGUGACUCAAGUCAGAUUUCUAGUGCAUUAUGUAAAUGGUCGUGUGCAUGUGUACUGUUUGCCAUCAGAGGCUAUUGUAUUUCUUAUUUGGAUACAGGCUGAUGGAGGAAAUGUCAUGGCACUUCCCUGCAAAUAGAACAUGUCUGUUAAUGCUGUCAACGAUGCUAUCAGACCUUUGAAAAUCGGAGUUCGUUUCAAACAACCGAUCAUCGUGCUUGUGUAUGAAGAAAACUCGAAAUUUAGAAAACGAAUGAUGCCCGUUCGUGGUUUAAAGAAGAAUAGUUCAGUCGUUACAGCUGCCAAAGAAUUAAAAGAGCAUCAUGAAAAGUAUCUCAAAAGCGUGCCUAAUUUCAAAAUUGAGAAGAUGCUGAGAUUGAUACAGAACAAUAUGAGAGGUUUAGAUCUCGAGGAAAGCCUUCAAGAACUUGAGAAAGAGUUUAGCAUUGAUCCUGAUGAAAAUCUGAAUAUGGCAGAUGAUGCAACAUUGCAGAGGAAGAAGGAAAUAAUGGAUCUGUCAUUUGAGAAAAAUCGGAAGAAACCUGGUGAUCCGGAUUUCCAGUAUGAUAUUGAAGUGGAUUUUUCGAGUGUGGCUGGUAUAGAAUCUUCAGUGUGGGAUUCAGAGAAAGAUGAAAAUGAAUUAGAAUUUUAAGUCUUAGGUGCUUCAUAUGUGAUAAGAAAUUGUCCGUCCAGUUUUCUCAUUGACCUGAAAAAUUUACAUGAGACUAAAUAGUAAAGCUGUGCAAUAGCGAACUUUUUUUAUAACAAGCCCGAGACAUGACGAACAUUUUAGCCCGUCCAGUUUCCUAUACAGUUGAUAAUAUUUUAUACAGGUGUAGCGAACCUUCAAGCGCAUGAAAAUUGGAUAAAAAGAACUUUAUAGUUAUUUUUGAUUGAAACUUUUUUUUGUAAACUUUUCGAAAAUUUUCCAUUUGUAGAAACAAGUAAUCGCUCCGGCUCUAAUUGCCGUUGCGAGAAAUUUAGCAGGAAAAAGUUUUCCUGCUUUGUUGGAAGUGAAGGAAAGUGAAGUGAUAAUCAAUUUUGGCUUUUUAUAUAUUGUUCUGUUGCAGAAAAAUUACUAAAUCUUAAAAUCUUCCAUGUAUUAGGCUAUUAGAGUAGCGUAAAACAUCUUUAUGUUGUUAUUCUUUUGCUCACCUCCAUCUUUCUCUGUAUUCUAAACAAAGGCCUGUUCGAGGCAGGUAUAAUACCUAGUUCUCAUUGACCUACCUAGUUCUUAGACAGCCAGGAUUUACAAUAAAUGUAUCUUAGAUCAUAUAUAUUGCGUACGGGUUCGUAAUAGAUGGAAUACACAAAUUCGAUAAAAAGUUAAUAAAAUGUAUUCUUAUCACAAGAAAUAUAACAAAACGCUGUAUUUUCCCUCAAAGAUGAUCGCACAAUAUCACAGUAUCAUGCAAUAUAACUAGUAGCUCUAUUUUAAACUAUUAAAACGUUAAAUAGAACGCAAUCCAAAACGCAGAGAAAGCUAAUCCGAUCUCACCGUGAAUUCGCUACAAUCAACAACUAAGUAAACAAUUGAACUGAGAUAUUUCUCUCCGGCUUUUUAAUCAGUCAAUUUCUGUUUUCUCGAGGUUUCUGGAAAGCAAAAGAGUAGAAUUACGAAAUAUAUAUUUAUUAAUUGUUAAAUGCGCGUGCUGCUGUAUUUUUACUUUUCCUGCAUAGCUUUCUCUUAAGAUAAGCCUCGUUCUGCAUUGCACGUGGAUAUAAAACAAUUUAAAUUAUAAUUCUAGUAAAAAUAGCUAUAUAAAUAGAAAAUUCCUAGGCAGGAAGCCAAACUUACAACUAAGGCAUCAAUGUAAUAAUAACCAUUACAUUACAACAACGAACAGCAUAAACAAUAAUUGCAAUAAGUAACUUAAACCAAAUUAAAUACUAAAUUUAGAAACAAAAAGGACCAUGGUCGUAUACUAUUUAUAAUUAUAUGCACAUCGUACUAUGGCCAUAGUAAGGAGCUCACCUGUCAUAAUGAACAACUUUAGGCUUAGAGUUUGAUGACUUACGGAUCCGAACCACGACGUCAUUCAGCCUGUUUAGGACUGUGUACCGACCAUCCCAAGGUGACUGUAGUUCCGGACAAAGUCCUUUCCGUCGAGUCGAAUUCCACAACCACAUCUUGUCUCCUUCGUUGAAUCAAUGUCCAGUAGCUCUGGUGUCGGUAUCGUAUCUUCAUCUUCUCCGUCGCCAAGUUGACUUGUUCUCGUGCAAAACUGUACAUCAUUUCAAACCGAGCCUGGAGAUCUUGGAUGUAUUCCUUUGGCGAUGAAGGCGCAUCCGGAGGGCGACCAAAGAAGAGAUCACAAGGCAGACGAAGGUCACGACCGGUGAGCAUCUGGGAUGGAGAAUAGCCGGUAGUCUCGUAUUUCUCUUCGACCCUAGUACGAUUUUGGCAGCUUUCUGAGCACGGCCUUUCAAACAAGGCGUCGGCAUUUCCAGGUGAAGAUCCCGUCUGAUGAUGGAUAGUUAUGUCCUCUGAUGCUGAAAGCAGUUUGUUGUUUUUGAAGUUCAAGGAAAAAUUGUAUUUUCUUAAAAAGGCCAAUCCGAGUAUGGAAGGAUCUGCAAUCUCUGCCACAUAUGCUGUGUGAUGGUAGGAGGCACUUCCAAACGUGAUAUUCACAUUUAACUUCUCAUCUAUGUCGAUUUGAUCACCAGACGCAGUCUUAAGGGUAACACAGGAUGGCGUCCAAAACAGCUUAUCUUUAAAUUGUUGAGCUAAAUCUUUCCGAAUAAUGGUAACGUUAUCUCCUGUGUCAAUGAUCAUAUUGUAAGGAACCCCAUCGAAAUGCUCAUUGAUGGAUAGUCCAUUACUGUUACCAUUCACUGCAGAAAUCUUGAGCGGCUUAAAAUGGGGUUUCACUAUGAUUCAAACUCCACUCCGCAGUAUGGUCAUUAAUUUGUUUCCUGCGUCGUUGCUGUGAAAUGGUCUUAUUUUCCGUUCCCUAGGAUGUUCUGCAGCUCCUUCGUAUGUAGCCUUCAGCUCCGCAGAUCCAGAACUUUUGCGUCUUGUCACUCCUUUUCCGUCUCAUGGCAAUUAAUUAUCUGUCUUAUUUUCCGUGCUCUGGAAUGGUCUGCAGUUUCUUCGUAUAUGGCCUUCAACACCGCAGUUCCAGCACUUUAGAAUUGGUUUCUUUUCACUCCUGUUCCCGUAUCAAUGUUUUGUCUUGUCUGGUAAAAUAAUCUGUUUUAUUUUCCGUGCCCUGGGAUGUUCUGCAAUUCCGUUGUAUGUGGCCUUCAUUACCACAUUUCCAACACUUUAGAGGCAGUUUGUUCUCACUCCGACACCGUGUGAUUGACUUGUCUGGAUAAAUCAUCUACACGAGCCAUCAUUUGAUCUACUGGCUCGUAGACUUGCACAUCUCUGAAUGGUUGCCAGUUUAUAUGAGUUGCUUGCUGGGCUGCCUGGAAUUUCAUGACAUACGACAGAGCACUUUUUUACGUCCUUGACAUCCGCCAUUCCUAGAGUUCUCCGUGUUUCAGGGACCCGUAUGCCGUCGAUGAAGUACUGCACGGACAGGAUUUCUCUUGUUUCUGUCAGGCAUUCCAAAAAGGCGAGAUGAGAUAACCUUUCUUCAUUUCAGUUCUACUACAAUAGGUUUCUGGAAAGCAAAAGAGUAGAAUUACGAGAUAUCUAUUUAUUAAAUGUUAAAUGCGCGUGUACCUGUAUUUUUACUUUUCCGGCGUAGCUUUCUCUUAAAAUAAGUCCAAAACAGUUUUAAUUAUAAUUCUGGUAAAAAUAGCUAACUAAAUACAAAAUCCGUUACAAUAUUACAAAAAUUAUUCUUCAUAGUUAUAAAUUUUUAUUUUAGAGAAAAGAUGGAUGAAAAAUUUGGAAAGAUGGAUGUGAACCAAAACUUUUAUACGAAGUAAUUUAUCAUGCAAAGCACUUCCACCUGAAAAAGAUCGAAAAACAAAUUUAAUAAUUUUAAUAACUCUUAAUAUGACCUUUUUCUUAAAAAAUUAGAGUUAUUAUUUACUUCCUAUGGUAACUGUAAUAAAGCUUGGGUUUUUUUAUUUA